GUCUGCGGUGGCGUCUCGUUGGACCUCUACCCGCGGGGAAUCCAGGAGGAGUUCAUCACCCUGCCGUGGGAAAUUGUUGAGGCAAAGAUCCAGAUCCCACUCCCGACAGAGGCCUCCGGCGUCGAGCCUGUGCAGGAAGCCAGAGAAACCUGUGACGACCUCCUGCAGUCCAUCUCGGCGAUUCUCUCGAAAGAGGACAGCCUCCGGAGGAUUGGUGGGGUGGAGAUCGAGGACGACGGCGCGUAUCGGAACGUCACGCUGCCCAUCGCCAUCUUUCUGAGCAAGGAGAGCUCCUGUCGGGACAUCAUCGAG